AUGGGUGUUAACGCCACGCUCAGAUAUCGUAAUUCUGACGUAGUGAAGGACCAUUUGAUACGCCGUGGCUUUAAGGAAGGGUAUGAUCGAUGGAUAUGGCAUGGUGAAAGCUUACCUCCUAGUACAAGUGUUACUAAGAGUGAAGCUCAUGUAGAUAGCGUAGAGAGUGAGACUCAAGCAAAUAGUCAAACUCAGGCAAAUAACGAGGAGAAUAAUGAAACUCAUGUUAGCAAUGAUGAGGAUGAUGAAAUUAAUGACCGAAUAAAUGAAACGAUACAUGCUGUGCAGGGAGAUUUUAGUGAAAUGCCUCUUGAAUUCAGAUGUUUGUUUGAUAAUGCUGAAAAACCUUUGUUCUCUGGGUGUACCAAAUAUACUAAGUUAUCUGUUGUGCUUAAGUUAUAUAAUUUAAAAGCAAAGAAUGGAUGGAGUGAUAAGAGUUUCACGGGAUUAUUAGAACUAAUAAAAGACAUGUUUCCUAGUGAUAAUGAACUCCCACAUUCAACCUACGAAGCAAAGAAGUUGUUGUGUCUGUUGGGUAUGGACAUUGAGAGGAUACAUGCAUGCCCAAAUGAUUGUAUACUGUAUUGGAAAGAAUACAAAGACUUGCAUGUGUGUCCAAAGUGUGGGACAUCACGUUAUAAAAGGAAAAAUGUUGAUGAUGUGUGUGAGGGUAAGAAAGGUCCACCAACGAAAGUAUUAAGGUAUUUACCCGUAAUACCAAGAUUUAAACGCAUGUUUUCUAAUCCAAAAGAAGCAAACAAUUUGCAAUGGCAUGCUAUUGGGAGAAAAGAUGAUGGAAAACUAAGACAUUCAGUCGAUUCACCACAAUGGAGGAAUAUUGAUAGGAGGUGGCCUGAAUUCAGUACUGAAAAUAGGAAUCUUAGACUUGGAUUGUGUACUGAUGGAAUGAACCCCCAUGGUGUGUCGGUGUAUGAUGCUUAUAGUCGAAGCAGUUUUACCUUACGUGCAAUGAUCUUUUGCACCAUAAAUGAUUUUCCAGCUUAUGGUAACCUAUCAGGUUAUACUUGUAAAGGAGCUAAGGCAUGUCCUAUUUUUGAAGAUGAAACUCCUGAUCUAUGGUUGAGUAACAGUAAAAAGAACGUGUUCAUGAAUCAUAGGGCAUUUCUCCCAGAUGGUCAUCCUUAUCAAAAGAAGAAAAUAGCUUUUAAUGGAAAACCUGUAACCCCUCGUCAAUUCCAAUAA